AUGGGCAAUCACGCGCUGAUUUAUGGCGCUUCUGGAAUCUCAGGAUGGGCGAUCGUUAAUGCCAUCUUGAAUGGAUAUCCUUCCAAAGAUGCCUUCUCUCGAGUCACAGCUAUGGUUAAUCGGCCACUCACACGGGAGAUGGCUCUCUGGCCUGACGACCCAAGACUUCAAAUCGUGUCUGGUGUCGAUCUAGUCAAAGGUACACAAGAAGAGCUGGAGAAGCAGAUCAAAGAAAAGGUCAAAGAUGUUGAAACCGUGACGCAAGUGUACUUCUAUUCAUAUAAGCAGAUCGACGAACCCGAGGCCGAGUGCAAGACCAAUGAGGCGAUGUUGGAGCGCGCCGUGACUGCGAUCGAUCAUCUGUCCUCCAAGCUAUCAUACGUACUGCUUCCGACGGGAACCAAGAUCUACGGUUGCCAGAUGUUGGAUAAGUUCCCAUUCGCAAACGACCUACCACUCAAGGAGACACUGCCACCCAUCCCGGAACCAUACCUUUCCCAGCUUUUCUACUACAACCAGAUCGACUGCUUGAAACGCAUCUCCAAAGGAAAGAACUGGAGCUGGUGCGAAGUUCGGCCAGACAACAUCAUUGGUUUCGUACCAAACAACAACGCGUAUUGCCUUGCGCAAACACUGGCAUUGUACCUCUCGCUAUAUCGAUCUGUUGAGGGCGAAGGCGCAAAGUGCCCAUUUCCUGGUACUGAGAAGUCGUGGGUGAACAAGUACAAUGAAUCCCCACAAGACAUGGUUGCGCACUUUUCCAUCCACGCUUCUUUAAACCCGGAGAAGACCGCAUCGCAGAGCUUCAAUGUGGGUGGUCAAGAGGAUAGCUGGAGCGGCAAGUGGCCGGUAAUUUGCGAUUACUUCGGUCUGAAGGGCACUGGUCCUGAAGAGGGCUCACCACAGCCGGGCGCGUACAUUGACGCGCACAAGAAGGAGUGGGAAGAGCUAGAGAAGAAGCACAAUCUUAAGAAGGGAAGCGUCGAUAGCGAUAUCACGCAUCCCGGAUUCCAGUACUUCAUCAUGACGAUGUUCGACUUCGACCGCCAGAUGAGCAUGGAAGCUUCGCACAAGGUGGGAUACACGGAGGAGAUUGGAACGAAGGAAACGUGGACGACUGCGUUCGAUCGCAUGAGGAAAGCGAAAGUGAUACCCUGA